CACCGGCUCACUCACUUGAAUGUAGCAGCUAGCCCGAUAAUGCUAAGCUAGCUGUCAGCCAGGCAUCACUGGGUUCUGCUGCUGGACUAGUACCGGAUGCCCCCGGCUCAAUCUCUCUGGCUGUCUUGACAUUCCCCUCAACUUUCCUGGACGAAUUCGUGUCGACUGACCAGAGUCCGCGAAUUCAGGUCCAGUCCCGACCAUUUCCCCCGCUAGCGUGACUUAGCUCGCUGGCUAACGAAGGAACCGGACCGACGAGGCUUUGCAGAGUUGCACUUAAGGACCACACCCAGAUAAGAUGUCCCUUCAUCAGUUCCUGCUGGAGCCCAUCACCUGCCACGCAUGGAACUGCGACAGGACACAAAUUGCCAUUAGUCCAAAUAACCAUGAAGUUCAUAUCUACAAGAAGAGUGGCAACCAGUGGGUGAAGACCCAUGAGCUGAAGGAGCACAAUGGACACAUCACAGGUAUUGACUGGGCUCCCAAAAGUGACCGUAUAGUAACGUGUGGAGCAGACCGUAAUGCUUAUGUGUGGUCCCAAAAGGAGGGAGUUUGGAAGCCCACAUUGGUCAUCCUCAGGAUCAACCGAGCAGCCACCUUCGUCAAGUGGUCUCCACUGGAGAAUAAGUUUGCAGUUGGCAGUGGUGCUCGACUCAUCUCUGUCUGUUACUUUGAGUCUGAGAACGAUUGGUGGGUGAGCAAGCACAUCAAGAAGCCAAUCCGGUCUACUAUCCUCAGCUUGGAUUGGCAUCCCAACAAUAUCCUCCUGGCUGCUGGCUCAUGCGACUUCAAAUGCAGGGUCUUCUCAGCCUAUAUUAAGGAGGUAGAAGAGAAACCAGGCCCCACACCCUGGGGCAGCAAGAUGCCAUUUGGAGCUGUGCUAGCAGAAUUUGGUGGAGCAGGUGGAGGGGGUUGGGUCCACUCUGUGUCUUUCUCAGCUUCUGGUAACCGUCUGGCCUGGGUCAGCCAUGACAGCACUGUCACUGUGGUAGACAGCUCUAAGACUGCCAGUCCCUCACAGCUGAAGACGGAGUUCCUUCCUCUCCUCAGUGUCGUUUUUAUUUCAGAGAACAGUCUAGUGGCCGCGGGCCAUGACUGUUGCCCCAUGCUGUUCCGCUGCGACGAUGCUGGGACACUGACGUUUGUGUCAAAGCUUGACCUCCCUAAGCAAAGCAUCCAGAGGAACAUCUCAGCCAUGGAGCGCUUCAGGAACAUGGAUAAGAGAGCCACCACGGAGGAUCGCAACACAGCUCUGGACACACUGCACCAGAACAGCAUCACCCAAGUGUCUAUCUAUGAAGGAGACAAAAGGGAUUGUCGUAAGUUCUGCACCACAGGCAUUGAUGGCGCAAUGACUAUUUGGGACUUCAAGAGUCUAGAAGCUUCUAUCCAGGGUCUCCGCAUCAUGUGAAGAAAUCUUAUGAAGGAAUAAAUGAAGAGACACUGCAGCCUCACUUCUCCCUCUUGCCUCCCCAGUUCUUACCCCUCCUCCCCUUUUCUAUCUCAUGCCCAUAACCCCGCCACUUUUGCCACGCAGCCAGUAACAUACCUAACUGACCACCUUAUUGAGUGUCCGCUGAAGCACUGAUCAGAUCAUUACACACUCAGUGCGGGUUUGUACUUAACUUGCUCACUUCUACAUAAACAUCCACACACACAUAAACACUAAACACGCUGAGCUGACGUGUGACAUCACUGUUGAUUUUUUUUUUUUUUUUUUUUUUUCCCCUGUUUGGUUUUAAAUGAAGGUUAACCAGGUCUCCAAGUGGGGAGUUCUUCUGACACGUAUUAAACGUGAUGUGAAAUGUGUGUUUUUAUGUUCUCUAACCUCCUGUACCAAAAGUUGAACACUAGAAGGUGCGUUUUAUCUAAAAUCCAAACUCUGUUUCACCUCAGAUUAACUCUCAUAAUCUAUAUUCUGAGGAUGGGUUGUUCUCCCUCAAUGGUGGACAUCACAUACUCUUGAGAAGGUGAAGUUAUUGUUUAGAUGAAGACCUGGGGUUAUUGUUAUUCUGCUACAUUUUGGUGGUUGUCUGUUGAAGCUAAUACGUGAUCUGAUAGUGGGGAGGGAAAACUAAACUCUAAACUCUGCGCAGUCACGGCUGGCCAGCACUGGGCUCUGCAGCUACUACACUAAAACCACAUACGAUGGAGGAUUUCUGUGUAUCUGAUCAUGAGGUAGACAUCAAAUAAAGAUAAAAUACAUUUACACUACACAA